CAUUCCGGGACAGUCCCUCGUGCUAGUCACAUGACCCGCACCGUCUCCCCGUUCCCAACCGGAAGAGCGGCUGUCAGUCAGUAGUAGCCAACCAGGCCCCAAACCCGAGCGGGAGUCCUUCACAGUCCGCCCGAAGUGAAGCGGUUCUGCAUGAUGUGACGCCCGCCGACCGAGCCCCGACCCGCCGCCAACACUCGCUCCCCGGUCAGUCCAAAGCAGGACCCCUUUAGCCUCGCCAUGGCGCAGUGCGUGCAGUCCGUCCAAGAGUUCGUCCAGGACUCUUUCGUGCCGAUGGUGGCCGUGCUGUGCAGCGACGAGGCGGAGAGGCUCACCCGGAAAAACAGGCUUAACUUCGCCGAGCUGCUCCGGCCUUUCUGCCGCCUUACUUCCGAAGGUCAUCUGCGCGACCCCAACAACCAACUUCAAGUGGUCAAGAACCUUCGCAUCUGCGUCACCAAGGUGACGCCGGGCGCCGCCCCGCCGUCGGGUUCCGCCCUGAGCCCCGGUCAGCGGCGUCGGCUCGACCGGGUGGUGCUCUCCUGCCAGCCGCAAGAGGGCGCCGUCACCACCGCCGUGGCGGCGGGAGACUACGACCUCAGCUUCAGCGAUGAAGCUCUUAAAUCUAGCGCCCCCUGGUUCAGUUCGUGGAGAGAGACGCUGACGGAGGUGCGCGCCUCCAAGCUCUUCUCAGCGACCACGCCCUGGUUCGAAGCCUACCGGGAGAACUUCCUUCAGUUGAUGCCCGCCUCCGAACACGAGUUCCUCAACCACUACCUGGCUUGCCUGCUGGUGGUGUCGUCCGGCGAAUCUGCGCCGGUGGAGCAAUUUGUCAAGUUGUCGCAGGAGCAGCACCGCAUCCAGCACAGUGGAGACUACGCCACGCCCAAGUGGUUCAUCCCCAACACGCUCAAGUACUACGUGCUGCUUCACGACGUCAGCCAAGGCGACCAGCAACGGGCGGAGACUGUGUACGAGGACAUGAAGCAGAGGUACGGUCCCGCCGGCUGCUACCUGCUGAAGAUCAACUCCCGCACGCUCCCCGCCGAGCAGAACGAGCAGAUCCCCGACCCGUGGAGUCAGUACCUGCACAGGAACCACCCGCAAAGCCAGGACGAAGACGACGUUCCCGCCGAGGAAAACGACGUCGGCGCCGGGGAGGAUCGGCACUCGGCGGACACGGAAGGGAAGCGUCCAGAAGCGAACGGCGAGGAAAGCACGACUGGGCCCCGCGGGGCCUGUCUGACUCUGGACGACCACGACCACAUCCGCCAGUUCGUCCAGGAGUUCACCUUCAGAGGCCUGCUGCCUCACGUUGAGAAGAACAUCCGCCAGCUCAACGACCAGGUGGUGUCCCGAAAAGGUUUGAGCCGUUCCCUGUUCACGGCCACCAAGAAGUGGUUCGGCGGAGGCGGUGGCGGAAAAGCGCCCGAGAAGAGCGUCGGCGAGCCCAAGAACGCCGGCGGCCUCCUCAGCUACCCGCCGGAGGCUCCCGAACUACAAAUCAGGAAGAUGGCUGACCUGUGCUUCCUGGUGCAGCACUACGAGCUGGCCUACAAUUGCUACCACACAGCCAAGAAAGACUUCCUGUCCGACCAGGCCAUGCUCUACGCCGCUGGUGCCCUGGAAAUGGCAGCCGUGUCGGCUUUUCUUCAGCCCGGAUCGGCGCGACCGUACCCUACGCAUUACAUGGACACGGCAAUCCAGACGUACCGUGACGUCUGCAGGAACAUGGUACUGGCCGAGCGUUGCGCUCUCCUCAGCGCCGAGAUCCUCAAGAGUCAGGGGAAAUACUCGGAAGCCGCCACGCUGCUCAUCAAAAUGACCAGCGAGGACUCUGACCUGCGUAGCGCUCUGCUGUUGGAGCAAGCGGCGCACUGCUUUAUCAACAUGCGCACUCGCAUGCUACGCAAGUUCGCCUUCCACAUGAUUCUGGCCGGCCACCGCUUCAGCAAAGCUGGACAGAAAAGGCACGCGCUGCGCUGCUACUGCCAGGCCAUGCAAGUGUACAAAGGGCGGUCGUGGUCGCUGGCCGAGGACCACAUCAACUUCACCAUCGGGCGGCAGUCCUUCACGCUGGGCCAGCCCGACAAGGCCGUGCAUGCCUUCAAGCACAUCCUGACCAACGACAGCCGACAGACGGCCUCGCAGCAGGGCGCCUUCCUCAGGGAGUACCUCUACGUUUACAAGACGGUGAUGAAUCAGACCGGUGUGAGUUUACCCAACCUGCCGUUACCGUGCAUCCACAGCGCUGCCACCCGGGUCUACUUUGGGCACGAACGCCGGCCGGCCGAGGGUGAGAAGCAAGCCGCCACCCACGUAUCAUUAGACCAGGAGUACGAUGCGGAACAAGCGGCGGUGUGGCGCCGGCUGGAGGAGCGGCUGGCGGCCGCCGCCAACGGAGGCACCGUCCCCGCCAACUUCCGGCCUAGUCAGUGCUACCUGGACAGUCGCACCGACAACCUGCACCACCCGCUGGCUGUUGUGGAAGAGCCCAUGGUGGUAGAGGUGAUGUUCAGAAACCCCCUGAAGGUUCCUCUGGCGCUCUCCCGCCUCUCGCUGCUCUGGAAGUUCAGACGCCACGGCCACACCGGCGAGGACGCCGCCGAAGAAACCGAGGAGGAGACGGCCGCCGACCAGGACGCGGCGGAUCACCAGGGGGAGGAGCCGGUCACCACCGAGACCAUCCUGGACUUCCACCUGGCUCCGGAAGAAACCAAAAUGGCUCGCCUCAGGCUGCUGCCGCACAGAACGGGCUGUUUGACCGUGACGGGCGUGGUCUACGACCUGGCCGCCGCCCCCGUUCCCGAGACGGGAGAGGAUGAAGGGACGCAGAAGGUGGAGAGUGUGCCGGUGAGCGGGAAGCAGGACCUGAAAAUCCGAGGCCCGCGACUCAACCGCACCAAAGAGGACAAAAUGUUUGUGCGCUACGGGCCCGACCGGCGCUUGGAGCCUAUCAUCACGCCACCCGCGCCCCUCAUGGAGGUGUUCUUUUUGCAGUUCCCCACUGCGCUGCUGUGCGGCGAGAUCCGCAAAGCCUAUGUGGAGUUCUGCAACGUGAGCGCCGUGCCCCUGCGCGGCCUGCGGGUGGCGUCCACUCACCCCGACUUCUUCACCUUCGGCGGGCCGGCCCCGCCCGACCCCGCCUCGCCCGACAACUGCUCGGCCUACAAAACCCUGGCGCUGGCGGCGGGCGGCUCCGGCGAAGCCCGCCGGACACCGGCCUCGGCAGACAAUUUCGGGCCCGCUUCCGAUGUGACGGACGUGCCCGUCGGCGGUGACGGCGGGUUGCUCCCGGGACGCUCGGCGCGCCUGCCGCUCUGGCUGCGGGGGCCCGACCGGGAAGGCGUCCACCAGAUCAGCUUCCUCUUCUACUACCAAAGCCCGGAGAAAGGAGACAAGAUCAGCCACCGGGUGGUGCGUCACUCCGUCUUCAUCUGUGCCAGCCACUCUCUAAGCGUCCGGGCGUCAGCCUGUCCGAGCGCCGUCGCCCCUCAGCGGCAGGACGGCGGCGCGCUGGUCUUUGUCGACGUGGAGAACAUAAACACGAGCGAAGCCGGCGUCCGUGAGUUCCACAUCGUCCAAGUGUCCAGCGGCAGUCAGCACUGGAGCCUCAACAAGUGUAUCAAUCCCGCCAAAGAGAAAGAUUGCAAAGUGAGCAGCAGAGAACGAGCCAAGCUUUGCUUCCGGGCCACACCGUGCAAACCUCCGCAAGAUGCUUCAGAUGACGCCAACGUCUUCACCUUCUCCGAUGUCAGCAUGGGCAAUGAGCUGAUAGUCAGUUCGGCCACGCCGUGUGGCGACUUCUUCUUCCGGUGCCGCCGCACGUCCGAGUCCCGGCGAGCGGACGCCAGCCGGUCCGGGUCCAGGACGCCGUCGGGUAGCGGGAACCCUGACGAGGACGCCAGGGAAGAGCUGCAACGCGUGGUGGGCAAGUGCAACCAGCUGGACUUAGACAUCAUCGUCAUCUGGAAGGCAUUUGUGGUGGAGGACAACAAACAACUGAUUCUGGAAGGUCAACUCCACGUGGCGUUGCAGGCCUUUGGCAAGGAGGCCACUUCCUUGACGCCCAAACAGGAAUCUCAGGAGAUGGUCCUGCUCAAGUUCAAGUCGGAGCCGCCGCCUCCCGCCACGCUGCCGUCGGCGCAACUCGCGCAACUGGUCAAGAGCAACCUACAGUAUUCGGAGACACACGCGCACGACUUUGCUGCCAACAGCGUUUGCGUGGUUCCCGUUUGCUUGGUUUUGUCCAACUGCUGCUGGACGGACGUGGAUGUCACCGUAGACCUCAGGCACAAAACUAUCAGUUCGGAGUGGAGCGAGUGUUCCUUCACGUGGGUGGGCCAGACCCGCUACAAGCUAACUCUGGGUCCCCGCGGGACCCAUCGUCUGCAGCUGCGAGCCUGCUUCCUCCGGCCUGGCGUCUACAACAUCAACACGCCGGCGGUGCGCGCCGCGCCCGCCUCGCCCGCGGCGCAAUACGACCAAGUCGCCCAGCGCAACGGCGGGCCGGCGCUGGUGGUCAUCGCCGACGCCAACCAAUGAAGAAUAACGUCGGGCCGGUCUUCCGUUCUAAGCCCGGGGACCCGAUUCGCUGGGGUUUUUAAAGUGCUCGACGGCGUGACGUCACCUCUCGUGUUUAUGGUGUACUAUAUUUAUAACACAUAUCAUGUACAUAGAAAAUAAAUGACUAAUCAUUCUCCGCUAAACAGGUUGUU